AUGGCGGGGAACGAUCGCGACGGAGCCGGGGGGGCGAGGGGGGGGCAUCCAUCAGCCGCCCCCUCCCCAAAAGAGGGGGUGCACAGCACCAGCCGAUCCCCCCAAACCCAUCUCCAUCCGCCCGCCUCAUCCCCCACCCCAUCCCCACCCCACGCCGCCCCCCCCGAGCGGCAUCACCCCCCCCGCGUGGCAUCGCCCCCGGCCCCUCCCAGCCCCCCCCCGUACCUGGGGGUGCCGGGGGGCCGCGGGCGGGGGCCGGGCCGGGCGGCGGGGACCCAGAGCCGGGGAGGCUCAUGGCUGCGGGGCCGGGCUCCCCCGCCCCAGAUCCGGGUACCGCCGCCCCCCCGCAACCCCCUGGCCCCGCGUGGGGCCCCCACCCGCGCCGGCCCCGCGCCCCCUCGCCCCCCCGCCUUGCACACGCAUGUGCACCGGGCGCGCUCCGGCCGCUUUGCACGCCUGGCAGAGGUGGGGUUGGGGGGGGCGGGGGGUCGCGGCGUGAGCUCACACGCGCGGGCGCGGCCCGUGCACGCGCAUCUCCCGCGCGUGGCGCUCAAACCACCUGAGCGCGCUCCCGCGCGCUCGCGGACCCACGCACCCCACCACCACCACAACGCCGCCGCGCACCCGCGCGGCGCACACGCGUGUGCGCGCCCUCGCCGACACGCGCGCCCCCGUGUGCUCCCACGCGCGCUCCCGCUCCCGUGCAAACCCAGGGGCGCUCUCCCCGCCCGUGCGCUCUCCCCCGUCCCCGCUUACCCGUGCCCGCUCACGGGUGGGACCCCCCCGCAGCGUCCCGCGGCGUGGGGAGGGGGCCGGCGGGGGCUCGGCCCCUUUAAGGGGGCGGUGGGAGGGGGGAGCGGGAGCGCGGAUUUAAAGGGGCCGCGCCGAGCCCGCGUGCAACGCGAGCGCGCCCGCGCACGGCCCCGCACUCGCGCACUCCGGUGCCCACUCGCGCAGCGCCCACCCCCGCAGGACCGACCGCCCCCCUUGCACACGCGUGUGCCAGGCUUCGGUGGGCCCCGCGCACACGCGCGUGCCCGGCGCGCGCACACGCUCCCUGUGGUUCCCUCCCCCCUCACGCUCGUGGCCGUGGGACACUCACCCGUGACCGAGGCGGGGGCGGCCGCCGGCAUCGCGGACCACGCGCGACUGGCACCGGGCCUCCCCCUGAAUUCCCCCAGCCCCGGGGACCUCCCAGAGCCCCCCUUCCCCCCGGGCUGUCUCCACUGGGGACACUGA